UAUCAUUCGUAGCAAAACCCAAAAGAAUGGGAUUUGAAAGAUGAGCGCAGUGCGCACCCAGUGGGCUUCACCUGGUUGCCUUCAUUCUCCACGUUUCUCGACAAGGUCAGUUAAGAUUGCAGUUUGCGUGAAAUUUCCUGCAACUAUAAAAACUCUCUUACUCAAACAAAGCUUUGCCUUAACUCGCCUUCUCAACCCGCCCCACUCGCUUUCAAUGUCUUUCUCCAGCUCCAGCUGCAUGGAUGGAUCUUAUGCUGAGAUUGUGGUGGUGCGACAUGGAGAAACCGAGUGGAAUGCUGAUGGAAGAAUUCAGCAUUUGAUCAAGCAGGAAAGAAAAUUAAAGGGGCACCUGGAUGUGGAAUUAAAUGAAGCUGGGAAACAGCAAGCAGCUUUAGUGGCUGAUCGUUUAUCAAAAGAGCCUAAGAUAUCCGCUGUAUAUUCAUCUGAUUUAAAGCGAGCCCUUGUGACAGCUGAGACAAUUGCAGCUAAGUGUGGUGGGUUAGAGGUUAUAACAGAUCCAGACCUAAGGGAGCGGAAUUUAGGGGAACUACAAGGCCUUGUAUUUCGUGAAGCAGCCAAAUUUAGUCCCAAAGCUCACAAGGCCUUUUUAUCACACAGAACAGAUCAAGAUAUACCAGGUGGUGGAGAAAGCCUUGGCCACCUCUUUCAGCGCUGCACAUCUUCAUUGCAGAGAAUUGGCAACAAGCAUAAAGGAGAGCGAGUUGUUGUGGUUUCCCAUGGUGGUGUCAUUAGAUCCCUCUACAAGCGUGCUUGCCCAAAUGGGAAGUCUGGAGGAAAGGUGCUUAAUACAUCUGUAAACAUAUUUCACUUGUGUGAUGAGGAAUGGACCAUAAAAUCCUGGGGUGAUGUUAGUCAUCUCCAACAAACAGGAUAUCUGGAGUCGGGUUUCGGAGGGGACAAAACAUCUGGUUAGUUUGUUAUAGUUGAUACUUGAUAUGCCAUAGUAUUGUUUUAGGCAGCAGCAUGGGUUAUGUCUCUUCUUAAUAAGAUUCUGGAGCAGCUCCUGCAUAAGCAUUUAUUAGUGAGGCAACUUUUAUUUUAAUUACCAUCUGAAAGACGUGUGUUUUCCAACUAUAGCAUGUUAGUAUAGGAUCAACUAUACUAAGUCUAGGGUCUUUGACCAAACAUUUUCUUGAAAGUAGUAUGGCAUUUCUAUUAA